AUGGAUUCAGAUAAAUCUUCAUCUUCUAUUAUUUUAGAUAUAGCUUGGAGCGAAUUGGAUAAUGGCGAUCAAGGGUUCAUAUACGCAAAGGAUUUCCCAAAUUUUAUUCAUAUAAUUGAAAAUAUAAUAUACAAGUCUCAAGAUUCGAAUGAAAGAGCUUUGUUAUCGGAAACUGGUAAGGGUGUGAUAAGUACAUUUGCUAAAGAGAAGGCAUUUUUCAAAAUUUAUAAAGAUGAAUUUAAGGAAAUAUUUCAUGGAUUAAUCGGGAAGAGUUUUAAUGAAUCUUUGAAGGGUACUUUUAAAUCAGGAAAUAUUCAAACAGAUAUGUGCCCUGAAAAGGGUCUUGAAAACCCUGAAAUUAUGGGAAAGAAUAAACCUUCGAAUAGCAAUGCAUUUAAUUCUAUCCAAGAUAAUGCAAAGUCAUCAGUAUUGGAAUCACCACGGAAAUUAAAUAGAAAAUUGAAAGGCUUAGAGAACCAAAUCUCUCUAGCGAAUGAUGAAUUGAAGUUCAAAGAUAAUAUAAUUAUCGAAAAAGAUAGAGAAAUUAUCCAAUUAACGAGAAGCCUGGGUGAAUACAAAGAUAAAUACGAGUUUUUGCAACGAGAAUUUAGUUUUUAUAAAGAUAGAGGAGAAUUUAAUAAAAAAUAUCAGGAUAUGAAUAAUAUAAACCAAGCUCAAAAUAUGGAUGAUAUAAUAAUGGAUCACACAAAACAUGAGUUUAUAAUAAGCGAAUUGAAAAGAAAAUUACAAGAUCAGUUAGAGACUAUAGGCGCUUUGAGAGAAGAAUUACAUGGUGAUUCAAAUACGACCAAGAGGAGUUUUUACUAUCCUGUUUAUUCAAAU